AUGCCCCCCACCCCCCAAACAACAAAGCUAACCUCAACCCUCCACCUCCUCAUCCCACGACUCCGGCUCCUCCAAAAGAAAUCCACCGCCAGCUCCGUAAUUCAACGCCGUGAACUCUCGCAGCUGCUGGCCGAGAACAAGGACGCGAGCGCCCGCAUCCGUGUCGAAAAUGUCAUCGCCACCGAUAUCGCCAUCGAAGUCAUGGAGAUGGUGGAGCUGUACUGCGAGCUGAUUCUGGCGCGGGCGAACGUGCUGGACCAGAAUGCUUUCAGUGAGAAGGGUGUGGAGGCUCGGAACCGGGCGAAGGAGGCGUGGGUGGAGAUGAGACGGAAAGAGCAGGGGUUGGGAGCUGGUUCCGGGUCUACGCCUGGUGCGGGUGAUGCUGCGGGUGGGAAGAAAUUGGGGUUCGGGUUCGGGGCGAUUUUCGGUGGAGGGUCGAAGAGGGAGGAGGAUACGGUGUCUGCGUCGUCAACUGUGGGGGUGCAGAAUAUCGGGGAUGGGGCGUAUAUUGAUUCGGCGCUCGAUGAGGCCGCGGCGGCGAUCUUCUAUGCGUAUCCGCGGUUUCCGUCUGAUGUGAGGGAGUUGACCAUCCUGAGGGGACUGUUGGCGGAUCGGUAUGGGAAGGAGUUUAUGACGCUGGCGCAGGAUGACCGGUUUCCGGAGGCGGAUGGGUUGAGGGUGCCGGAGAGGUUGGUGAAGGGCUUGCGGGUGCGGCCCCCAUCUCAGGAGUUGGUGGAGAGUUAUUUGAGGGAGAUUGCGAGGGCGUAUGGGGUUUCGUGGGGAGGGGAUCCGGAGGAGCUGGGGGAUGCGCCGGCGGAGUUUGUGGAUGAUGAUGAUGACGAUGCUACUGCUGGGGGUGAUUUGCCGGUGACACCACGGAAGGAGGGUCGGCGGGCUGAUGUCGAACGGAGGAUGUCCGAGACGGCGGAGUUGAAUCGUGCGACGCCGCCCAAAGGGCUGCAGUCUGGAAAGAGUCCGGUCAGUGUUGCGCCGCCGGGACCCCGGUCUGAUAAUCCGAAUCCGCGCGUGAAGGUUCCAGAUGGGAAUGGGAAGGGGGAGGCCGAGGUAGAACCCAGGAGUCCCUCGAAGACGAGUAAAGGAGGGAUCCCGGAGUUGGAUGAGUUGACCAGACGCUUUGCGGCGCUGAAGAGGUAG